AUGUCGUCUGUGUCAGUGCUCUCGGCCUCCUCGGCCCUGGGCACCCAAAAGUCGUCGUCGCAGGCGCUGGCCUCCCAUCCUCCCAGCUCUUCCGAGUCCGACGACGACGACUUUGCCACCACUGGAAUCCCCGAUCCGGCCCUCCACAAGCAGCUGCAAUCCCAGGACUGGUCGGCUCCGCUGGCCGAUGUCAACUAUCCUUUCUUUUCCAAGGUCGGGGCCUACUACUCCACCAACGUAUUUUCUGCCCGCGAUAAAGAGCUCCCAUCGUGCCAGCAGAACCAGCUCUUCCUCGGUCCUCCGCAAGACGAUGUCGAGGGCUGUGUGCUCGAUCCCAACGUCGAGCCUGCGCGGCAAUAUAUACCCAAGAAGCGGCCGGCUUCGUUUUCGGCUCCGGCUCCGGCUCCGUCCGAUGCCCAUCACGAUCCCCGUGAGUUCCAGAACGAUGCCUCCGGCUUGGCUCCGGCUGGGCUAUAA